GAAUACGUUUAAAAAUAUUUCGUUAUAAUCAUCUAUUUACAAUUACUCCCAACAAUGUUUAAAGUUCUUCGCCACCUGCUGCCACAGCAGCAGAAUAUUUUUCGUAGCUCAAGCUCAGCCAUCACUACCUUAAACAAUAAUUUAAAUCGCCUUAUAUCUACUAGUGAAGUUAAUUCGGAACCAAUGGUCAAGUCUGUGGAAACAGUUGGGGGGCUCCCUGCUGAUCUAGUCAACGAACAGAAGCUGAAGAAAACUUCUAGAACUUUGUCAACGCUACAAAACCAUUCAGUGCCUAUAGCCGCUAGAGUCACAGUGUCUAAAGAUGAAAGCCGCGAUUUCAUGGCUGUGUUCCCAGAUCUUGUGCGCGAUUUGACAACCGUAACAAAGUCAUAUAACUGCAAUGAUGCUGCUAAAUGGUUAGCCAAGGUUUUGCAAUAUAAUGUGCCCCGCGGUAAAAAGAAUCGUGGAAUACUCACUGUCCUCACCUACAAAAACCUUAUACCACCAGAAAAUCUGACACCCGAAAACAUCAAACUGGCCCAGUACUUGGGCUGGUGUGUUGAGAUGCUUCAAAGCUUCUUUCUUAUCGCUGAUGAUGUUAUGGACAACAGCACUACACGCAGAGGUCAACCAUGCUGGCAUAAAGUUGAGGGGGUCGGCUUGACAGCUAUAAAUGAUGCUCUAAUGAUUGAGAAUGCCAUGUACUCCAUACUAAAAAAACAUUUUAGUAACUUGGACUGCUAUGUCGCGCUAAUGGAGCUAUUUCACGAGAUCACCUACAUUACAACUUGUGGACAGUCAUUGGAUCAAUUGAAUUCAAAUAGAUCAGUGUCUGAGUUUACAAUGGAAAACUACAAAGCAAUUGUGGAUAACAAAACAGCGUACUAUUCCUUCUACCUGCCAUUCGCAUUAGCAAUGCAUUUAGCCGGGUACAAAGAUGCAGAGGCAUUCCGACAAUCUAAAACCAUACUGCUUGAAAUGGGCCACUUUUUUCAAGUACAAGAUGAUUUUCUCGAUUGUUUCGGCAAUCCGGAAAUCACCGGCAAAGUAGGCACCGACAUUCAAGACAACAAAUGUUCUUGGUUGGCUGUUGUGGCAAUGCAGCGUGCCAAUGCCGAGCAAAAACAAAUCAUGAUAGACUGUUAUGGAACAGAAGAUCUUCAGAAAGUGGAACGUGUUAAGGAACUUUACAAGGAACUAAGCCUGCCUUCUACGUAUGCCACAUUCGAAGAAGAAUCUUACAAUAUGAUCAAGACUCACAUACAACAAACAUCACGAGGCGUGCCUCACCAAACGUUCUUACAAAUUCUCAACAAAAUUUAUCAACGCGAUGCGUAAACGAAACAGUUAAUUAUUCCUAGUGCCGAAUCCUUAAUUUACAUUCUAAUUCAAUGGUGUUUAUAUUUCAAUGGUGUUAAAAAAAAGUACAGAGAUUUUUAAUACAUAUUAUUUUCGUACGUA